CAAAGUCACUCUGACAGCAGAUGCCAAGAUCAUUCAACAUGCAGGAGGCAGAGUGACACUGACCUGUUCUGCAUACAGACCUGCUGCUUUAAUGUAUGAGCUUUUUAGACGCUCUUCAUUCCACGAUAGUGAGACAUUUAUAAAUAUAUCAAAUGGAGUUUUCAAUAUUACUGAAGGAGGGAUCUACAGAUGCAGAGGAUUUACACAGGGAUUCUUUACACCUGUGAGCGAUGAUGUCACCAUUAAGGAGACUGUUUCCAACAGAGUUUCAGUGACUAUGGAGCCCAACUGGUCUCAGAUCUACAGAGGAGAGAAAGUCACUCUGAGAUGUGAGAUCAGAGGAGGUGGAGGAGCUCAGUGGACGUAUGAAUGGAGACCAAACAGAAACUCUCCAUCAUCCAGGGAAUAUAAGAUCAACUCAGCUACUGCGUCUGACAGUGGAGAAUACAGCUGUAUGGCUAAAAGUGACUAUAAGCAAACACAAUGGAGUGAUGCCUUCAGACUGUCAGUGUUGUCAGAGAAGCCCAGAGCCACAGUGACAGCAGACAACACAAUCAUACCAGCAGGGGGCAGUGUAACACUGAGGUGCUCAGUGGAGAACUCUGCUGGUUGGAGGAUUUACUGGUUCAGACAGGACUUUGAAUCUUCUAGAGCUACAGACAUUAAAAACAAUAAACCAGAUGGAACCAUCAGAGUCUCAGAUGGAGGUCUGUACAGCUGCAGAGGAGAAAGAGGAGAUCCAGUUUUCUACACUGACACCAGCACAAAGGUCACUAUUCAGAAAACUGUUAAACCCACUGUGAUCCUGCAACCCAACUGGCCUCAGAUAUACAUUGGAGAGAAAGUUACCCUUAAGUGUGAGAUCCAAGAUGGAAGAUUUUAUUAUGGAACAAAGCAAUGGAGAAAAAACAACUCUGUUAAACCUGGAAGGUCCCAAGAAUACAUGAUCAUCUCUGCAUCAGAAUCUGACAGCGGUGAUUACAGCUGCAGAGCAGAAGGAGACAGGUUCUCCUUAUCAGUGUGGAGUGAUGUUUUCACAUUAGUUGUAUCAGAGAAGCCCAAAGCCACAGUGAAAGCAGACAACACAAUCAUACCAGCAGGGGGCAGUGUAACACUGAGAUGUUCAGUGGAUAACUCUGCUGAUUGGAGGAUUUACUGGUUCAAACGGGACUUUGAGUCUUCUAGAGCUACAGAGAUUAAAAACAAUAAACCAGAUGGAACCAUCAGAGUCUCAGAUGGAGGUCUGUACAGCUGCAGAGGAGAAAGAGGAGAUCCAGUUUUCUACACUGAAACCAGCAGAGAGGUCACUAUUCAGAAAACUGAUAAAGUCUCUGUGUCUCCAUCAUGGCUGAAUCCUGGAGCCUCAGUGACUCUGAGCUGUGAGGGAAACUCUGCUGAGUGGAGAGUGAAGAGGUUUAUAGAAACAGGAAAACUGUCAGACUGCUCCAACUGGGGGAGAAUGACUGGAUCUACAUGCACCAUUAACAGAUACUGGUCUGAUAGUGGAGUUUACUGGUGUGAGUCUAGAUCAGGAGAGUUCAGCAAUGCUGUCAACAUCACUGUACAGGAUGAUGAUUCUGCUCCUCUCCUGCUGAGUCCUGUUCAUCCUGUGACUGAGGGAGAUCCUGUUACUCUGAGCUGCAGAGAUAAAACACAACAACUUCUCUCCAAUGUGUUUUUCUAUCAUAAUGAUAAACUCCUCCAUAAUGACAGCAGAGAGGAGCUGAAGAUCUCUGCAGUGUCAAAGUCAGAUGAAGGUUUCUACAAAUGUCAACAUUCAGGAAAAGAUUCACCAAGGAGCUGGAUGUCUGUUAGAGUAACUGUAUCCAGUCCUGUCAGCUCUUCAUUUCCUGUCAUGUUGAUCGUUGGACCAGUUGUUGGAGUCGUUCUCUUUAUUCUCAUUAUUCUCCUGCUCUUGUUGUGGUGCUGCAGACGGUCCAAAGGUUUAUGGUGCAUCAGAUCGAAGCAGGCAGAGGGCAGAGGUCAAACCUCAAACACCAACCAUGGAGUCAACAACACUGAAGAUAAUGACUACAGAUCUCCUCCUCAAGAUAACACCAACCUCUAUGCGUCAGUCAAGUCCUCUGAAGCGACAGGAAAUGCUGCAGAUGAACCCAGAGAUGUCACGUACUCUCACAUUGAACUGAAAGACGUCGACAGAACGAGGAGGCCUCGGGAAGCAGAGGAGAGCGCCGUUUACUCUGAAGUGAAGUUGCAGGAGUAGAACGAGAACAAACUGAAAGACCGGAGGAGUCCUGCAGCAGCAGACUCAGUAUUUUAUUCUGAAACCAGGUCAGGAUAACAAAACUGCCACGUCAGAUACACGAUGUGACGGACUCUUCUAGAAGUUAUCAUGAGUUCAAGCUCAUCACGUCCUUCAAAAUCCCACUUUUUCCACAUGUUCCUGUGUAGGAGUCUUUUAAGGAAGCUGUUUUAUGAAAUUACUGCAAGUGCUGAAAUGUGUUUUCUUAAAUUCUUUGAUUCAUAUUUACUGAUGUAAAAUUUAAAGUAGAGCAGCCUUUCUUUGAGCUGAUAGUUUUUCUUUAACUCUUUGAAGACUUGGAUGUAAAUGUGUUUUGUCGCACAAUGCAGCAAAGAAAGAAAAUGUGAAACGUGUGGAUUUUUUUGUAGUUUUGUUUCGCAACGUGUUUAAAUGUAUUAGUUGUUACUGUAAGCUCUCUUUCUUUUUCAAAUUUUGAUAAAAUUAGUGUUUUCAUA